GUGGGCGGGUAAAUGCGAUGGGGAUGGAUGGGGACAAUGGGGACAAGGGGUUCAGCUCAGUAACCAUACCGGAUCGGAUCGGGUGUACCUAUGCUUUUCUGGUUCUAAGGUUUCUGAAGUGUUGAUGUUUAUGUCUAUGUUUUUUUUCGUUUCGGCUGGUUGGUUGGUUGGUUCUGCGGGUUUCUGUUUGGUUUGGUUCUGCGAUUUUGCGGUUGAGGUUUUGCGUAUGGCACUGCGGUUUUGCGGGUGGAAAUGUGGUUUCGCGGUUUUGCGUAUGGCACUGUGGCUGGUAUGGCGGGUGUGGAAUGUGGGUGUGAAAGGCGAUUGCGAUUGUAUGCACAUAACUCGGUGCGUUUCAUAUGAAGCCCGUGGGGUUGCGAGGAGAGGAGUGAGGAUGAGAAGUGAGAGAGUGAACAGCGGGAGUGGAUAGCCAGAGUGAACAGCGGGAGUAAACAGCGAGAGUGAACAAGAAGCCGUAAGGAACCGUGACGAGGUUAAAGGUGAAGAUGAAUUUCCGGAGCGGAAGUGAGUAAGGGGGAGUGAGAGGUAGUGACGGGAUGUAGCCUCGUAGCCGAAUACUGUUAAUAGUUGUGCACCACAAUCGUUGACGAGAGUUGACGGAAGUCGUGGAAUACUUACGCUAGUGUUUUCGGUACAAGCUGUUUCAACUUUCCAGACUUGCU